AUGGUCAUACACGUGUUACGUGUUUUCCAACAAAUCUUCAUUUGCCUCACAUUGACUCUUCGCACUUAUGCUCUCUACGGCCGCAACAGGCGCCUGCUUAAAUGGAUGCUAAUCAUGGGCGCUGUUUUUAUAGCAGCAUCGGCGGUGGGAGCUUUUAGACUUAAUUUAACAGGAAGUGCGAUCGACAACGGCCACUGCCAUGAAAUAUACACAACACCAACGUAUAUGACAUGGGUGACAAUGUUUAUCUACGAAUUGCUCAUCUUUGCCCUCACAGUCUUCGGGACUUUGAAAGAUAGGGGAUCGCCGCGGUUCUACCUAAUAUCUAGGAGAGAUAUCCUUGGUGUCAUAUUCCAAGAUGCUGAUCCGCUUUCUCUUAGAGGGAUGGCAUUAGUCAAUUUACCCAACAUUCUGACGUACUUCGAUAUCGCCAUAGGCAGCCUGAACGCAUUUACUACAUGCGUGUCUGUCACUCUCAUCUCUCGCCUAAUGCUCAACCUGCACGGAUGUGUUGACACAGGCAUUUUUGCUACCCUUGCUGAGACCAGCUGCCAUGUCCUUACCACCGUGGUCGACGUAGAGUUCGUGGAUUCCUCUCACGAUCCGUAGGCUGGUAUUGAAUUCUGUUUAUGGAUUCAAAGUGGC